AAGAUGUGUGUCCGAGCCUCCUUUAGCCAUCUACUGGAUUGCUUUUGUUGUGAGUGCUUGUGGGGAAUUGGGGUGUAUCCUGCUCUUGAUGUCUGGUCUGCUAUGCAUACCUUCAUUAUCUGCUACUGUUCUGACCCUUGUCACUGGCUUGCUUGCCUAUUUUUGGACUGAGAGGCUGUAGCUGGAAGAGAUAACCGGAGAACACCAGCUUACUGCGGUUUUCUCAGUGGACCAGACCCUCCCGACUGACUUGGCAGUAUUGAGCCUGCUUUUGUAUCUGAAGUUUAUGUAUUCUUCAUACUCUGCUUUCAUAUUGAUCUAACAGCUUGUUGCACUUCAGGAAAGUCCUGCGAAAGCCUACUGUAGGUUGUUCAACAUGGGUUCAGUGCGCUUCACACCACCAGUCCCACACCCUACGAACAAACCUGUCCUGGAGGCCAAAGUAGAUCACCUGGCCCGCAAACUGGAUGAGCUCCACCGAGGGUUAGGUGCCUGCUCUGUGUGCUCUACAUGCAGUUUGCACAGUGGCCAGAGAGAGAGAAUGGAGAGACAGCUUGAGUCCCACUCCAGCAUGCUAGACAACUUGGACAAGAAGAUGGGAAAGAUGCAGAAGACCUUAGAUAGCCUGUUUAAAGUUCUGCAGCAAAAGGCCCCUCCCGUCUGCAAGGGAGUUGUCCCACUCAUGGACCCACCACCUAGUACACAAUCUCUGCCAGCCAGAACCUCACCAGUCACUACUGAGGACAGACACCAGGAUAGGAGAGAACAUACUCUACUCGCCCCUUCAAAGAAAGAGACUGAUACAGUGAAAACAUUACCCCACAUUACAAAGUCUCUGGCAAGGACCACAGUGAGAGAGAACCAAGUGUCCACUGCACCUACAAAACACACCCUUAAUCAGUGGGAAACUAACAAAUGCCUGGAUGCAAAACACACUUCUCAAACUCCUGCAAAUAAAGGUAUGGGAGCAGAACAGUGUGACUGUGCACGAGCAGGAGAUCAGCAGACGGUAAAGAACCAACGAGAGGUCAGAGAUCAACCAAUGGCAGAAGAUUCUCAAAGAGUGAGAGAAAAGGAUGGGAUUAAAGAAGAGUCUGUCCAAUCAAAAGUGCUCACUCAAAAGACCCAAAUUCCUGGGACAGUGACAGACAGCCAGUCAACAACACCAUUCGAGGCAUUACAUUUGACUGUCUCUCUGCCAGUCAGAAAUUCAUUAAGCACCAAAAAGCCUGAGACCCAGAGUGAGUUGGCGACAAACAGACAGGGUGACACUAAAGGAGAUGGGACGAUGAGUGCGGUUACAGUACCUGCCGGUGAAUCUGUCGGGGCCCCUCAAAAGACGACUACGGCGAGGGCCGCGGUGACGGGGGUCAAUGCUCCCUGGCAACCUGCACUCGCACCAUGGAAGCCGUCAGGCUUGGCUGUUCACGUGGAAACUGCGGAGAGCUCCUCAAGACAAGUGCACAGCUGUCCAGAGCCCUUGCAGAGGGUGCAGACAGGAGCCAAUUCCCAGUCUGUCUGCUCUGUUCGUGCUCCGGCUGUGGGGAAGACCUGCCAUGGGCAGGGAGGGGCUGGUCCAGGUGUAGCUUGUGGAAUGCAGAUCCCUCUUGCUGCUGACAGGACCAAGUUCCCACCCACAACCUGCCAUAAGAUUAUAGAUGACGCCCCCCCACAGCCGGCUCCUUUUCUGCAUCGACUGGUGUCACUGCAGUCCAACCCCCCCUCUGAGGCCUUUGUCAUCCACACCACAGAGAUACUUGGGAGCGGACGCUUUGGCAAGGUGCACAAGUGCACCGAAAGAUCUUCUGGACUCAUGCUGGCAGCGAAAAUAAUCAACACGCGGACUGCGAAAGAAAAGGAAAGGGCGAGUAACGAGGUGCAGGCAAUGAACCAGCUGAGUCAUCCUAACAUCCUCCAGCUCUACCAGGCCUUUGAGUCCAAUCACCAGUUGGUGUUAAUUCUGGAAUAUGUUGAGGGCGGGGAGCUGUUUGACAGGAUCGUGGAUGAGAGUUCACCGCUGACCGAGGUAGACGCCAUGGUGUUUGUCAAGCAGAUCUGUGAAGGACUCAGCUACAUGCAUCAGAUGUAUGUACUCCACCUUGACCUGAAACCAGAGAAUAUCCUUUGUGUGAAUCGCACAGGCCAUCAGGUGAAGAUUAUUGACUUUGGGCUGGCCAGAAGAAACCUUUUCUCCAGAUACAGGCCUCGAGAGAAGCUCAGAGUCAAUUUUGGAACCCCAGAAUUUCUGGCCCCAGAGGUUGUUGACUUCGACUUUGUGUCCUUCCCCACUGACAUGUGGACAUUAGGGGUUGUCACUUACAUGCUUCUAAGUGGACUUUCGCCCUUCCUGGGUGACGAUGACAACCAGACCCUUAACAAUGUCCUGUUGGCCAACUGUUCCUUUGACGACGAGGCCUUUGAGCACAUCUCAGCUGAGGCUAAGGAUUUCAUCUCCCACCUGUUGGUCAAGGACAAGGGAGGGCGAAUGAGUGCUGCACAGUGUCUACGACAUCCGUGGCUCAACAACAUUGCAGUGAAGGCCAAGGAAAGCAAUAUAGUACUGAAGUCCCAGGUCCUGCUGAAGAAAUACCUGGCCAAGAAGCUGUGGAAGAAAAACUACAAUGCAAUUGCAGCAGCCAACAGACUGAAGAAGAUCAGCAGUGCUGGUGAACUGGCCACUCUGGAUAUGGAUACAGUACCGAUAUCAAAAUAACUAUGUCUGGAUCUCCCAUUUACAUUGUUUGAAGGCAAUUCUUCCUGAAUGCAUUGUGAAAUCAAACCUAUUUUGUUAUUGUCAUAGUGAUAUGUUUUGUAAACUUUUUCUGAGAACAAUUUCAGUUUGUCUUCCUGGAUCGUAACAGUCUUUUGUAUUGUAGGUAAUACAAUACAGCCGUAGUGCAUGAAUAACAGCCCAUGUUGUAGAUU